AUGGGUCUACGCUCAGAGCAGACUAGCAGUCCUCCGCCGGACUCCGACUCCCAGUCCGACUCGGACUCCAUCACCGAGACGCUCGAGCAGGUCGGCAGGCUUGCGUUCCCCACGUUCUCGAUCACCCCCCAUUUGCCAACGUUGCCCAAGCUGGCAGCCCUCAAACGAGACUACAACACCACGUCGCUCGGGCGCAAGCUGGCAGAGCUCAACGUGAAAAAAGACGAGCUCGCGCGAAUAUACACCCAGCUGAGCGAGUCGCUCACCGACGUGGUCAACUCCAACCUGGACUACCCCGUGGAGGACCUCCACGACCCGGGGGGAGUGGAGGUUUUGCAGGAGCCCGAGACGACGGUGUCGCUUGUGAAGGACCGGCUCGCCAGCUACGACCAUCUCACGUACCUGACGUUCGAGCAGUUCAACGACCAGGCGUUUUUGCGGCGGCGCAUCAAGGAGAUCCUGAGCCUGGACCUGCUGCCGCUGGACCAGCGGUUUUUGAUCCAGAAACUGAUGUCGCGCUCGUACUUGGAGAAACAGCGGUACGAGCGCGCCGAGACCGACGAUACCGACCACGAGGCCGGCAGAGACGAGGUGGUGCUUGGGCCGCGCGACCUCGAGCCAACGUACUACAACGCCGAGGAAAACAUGCUCGGGUGCGCCCACUACCAGCGCAACUGCAAGGUGGAGUGUCCGACGUGCCGCAGGUGGUACACCUGUCGCUUCUGCCACGACCAGGAGGUGCAGUCGCACCAGUUGCAACGGAGCCGGAUCAAACACGUGCUGUGCAUGUUCUGCAACACGCCGCAGCUGGCACAGCACUACUGCGUCAACUGCAGCCGCAAGCUGAGCGAGUACUACUGCGACACGUGCAAACUGUUCGACAACGACCAGCUGAAAAACAUCUACCACUGCGACGACUGCGGGAUCUGUCGUCUCGGGCUCGGCAUCAACCAGGACUACUUCCAUUGCAAAAACUGCAACACGUGCAUCUCGAUCGAGCUGCAAGAAAACCACAAAUGCAUCGAGAACUCGACACACUCCAACUGCCCGAUCUGCGACGAGUACAUGUUCAGCUCGACCAAGAAGGUGGUGUUCAUGCUGUGCGGCCAUCCGAUCCACCAGAGCUGCUACGACGAGUUCACAAAGCACUCGUACAAGUGUCCGAUCUGCUCGCGCACGAUCGUCAACAUGGAGCUGCAGUUCCGCGUGCUGGACAAGGAGAUCGGCGCGACAAAGAUGCCCGACGGCAUGGCCGCGUGGACGAGCGUGGUCAAGUGCGUCGACUGCGGUGGCAAGUCGCGCGUGCCGUACCACUAUCUGGGGCUGAAGUGCGACCACUGCCAGAGCUACAACACGAUGCAGCUGCAGCUGCUCAAAUCGGACAAGGACGAGACGGACGACGGCGCCGACACCGCCGCAGACGAGAAACAGCUCAUCACACACUCGCUCGACGACAACUUCCAGUUCGACGACAGACUCGAGUUGCCCGGCGCGCAGCUGACGGGCAGCGCCAACAUCGAGGACUCGGACUCGGAGGACGACUACGUGGACAACUUUGUGCGCGUGAUCAACAACUUCGAGAGCUACUCGACCAUCAGCGACGCGUUCAAGGACUGGAUCAAUGCGUCGAAACGCAAGGUCAAUGCUAUGUAG